AUGUUUCAAGUAGGCGUUAUGGAUCCGCGACGUCGAGAUCCCAGGCGUGCGCCUCCCCCGGCCGCAGCAGCUCCUGUAGAGCAACAAAACUCGGAUACGAACCACUCGCAGGGUGUAUCAAAUGCCGGCAAAGACGGCGCCUCUAUUGUAAAUGGGCUUUCAAAGCGGACACAGAAAAGACGACCUGUUUUCUGCGUCGUUUGUGCAAGUAACCAGAAUCGCUCCAUGGAAGGACACAACGUGUUGUUAAAAGCCGGUUAUGAUGUUAUUUCAGCAGGAACUGGAUCCCUAGUGCGCCUUCCAGGGAGAACUGUUGACACACCAAAUGUGUACCAAUUCGGAACUCCGUAUCAGAAGAUGUGGGAAGACUUACAUCGUCAGGAUCCUGCACUUUACGAGCAGAAUGGACUUCUCCAGAUGCUGGAUCGGAAUCGGAAUAUCAAGACGGCGCCUCAACGAUGGGCGGAUACUCGAAAAGUGGUCGACGUAGUUAUCACGUGCGAAGAACGUUGCUUUGAUGCUGUAUGUGACGAUCUGCUGCAAAAGGGAGGAGAAUCGAACCGCUCGGUUCAUAUAAUUAACGUGGAGAUCAAGGAUAACCAUGAAGAGGCUCUCAUCGCCGGUCAAGCUAUGCUCGACCUUGCAGCAGCAAUAUCCAAUGCUGACGAUCUUGACGAGGAGAUGGACGGCAUCACUCGGGACUUUCAUAUGUACUCUGCCCUCAAUAGCAGCCUACCUUUCUCGAUUACCUGCAUUCCCGUGAAUCCGGCCGAAGCGCCGGUGGUGUCAGUUUUUCAGUCGCUUCCUCUUCCGCCACCCAGCUGUACGAUGCAAAACACUAACCCCGACAUCUCAGAGGUGGAAAAUGUUACCAAAGAACUCAGUCUAAAGCUGUCUGAAGCUGCUAGUGGACCAGGGGCAUCUGCUUUACCCGCUCAGUACCGCGAGGGACUGGGAUUCCGUCCCAAGUCUGGCUUGAGCACACCACAAAUUAUCCAGGACGAAGAAGCAAGAGCAUUCGAGUCCGAUUCCAGAUCAAUAUGGACUCGGUUGGCCAGGUCUUUACCCUUUGCAGCCGAUAGAGAACGUAUUGAUCGAUUGUUAGCAAAAUCGACACUUUCACGGCUACACUCCACCCAAGAGGAACGCCUCCAGCGAGAGGCAAAAUUGGCAGCAGCGGUCCGGACGCUGCUCGAAUGCAUUGGCGAAGAUCCGGAUCGUGAGGGAUUGCAGCGUACCCCCGCGCGGUAUGCGCAGGCAUUAAUGUGGAUGACAAGAGGAUACGAGGAGCGCCUCUCCGACGUAAUCAACGAUGCAAUAUUCGCAGAGGAUCACGACGAGAUGGUAAUAGUGCGAGACAUAGACGUAUUCAGCCUAUGCGAGCAUCAUCUGGUACCAUUUACCGGCAAGAUCUCUAUUGGCUAUAUUCCAAACAAACUAGUGCUGGGGCUCUCAAAGCUUGCACGAAUAGCUGAGACCUUUAGUCGAAGACUACAGGUUCAGGAGCGUCUCACCCGCCAGGUUGCCAUUGCCGUACAAGAAGCGAUCAAACCACAAGGGGUGGCCGUGGUAAUGGAAGCGACUCACCUGUGCAUGACUAUGCGCGGUGUGCAAAAACCAGGCUCGACGACGGUAACCUCGACAAUGUUGGGCGCAUUCCGAACAAGGCAGAAAACAAGGGAGGAAUUCUUGACUCUCAUUCGCUCUCCGAGCCGAAUCUAA